AUGUCCUUAGGAUUAUCUAUCUAUGAGGCUUGGGUACAUAAACCAUUCCCAUGCUGCUGCUCCUCUACUCCCCCUCUUCGACAUCAACCCACUCGAUCUCUAGCCAUGGAGCCUCCUCCAGAAAGGUCUCUGGCUUAUCCAAAGCCUCCAUCAGACAUAAAUACCACAGUCUUGGUUGCCAAACUGUGGUAUUACCAGCUAGCAGGCAAGGUCAACAGAAGGAAUCAUCGCAAAGCAAGAGAAGACAGGAAAUAUUUGGAUACCAUAGAGAUGUCUUCUGCUGACCGCAACAUAGUCGAGCACAUGAUGUCUGAUAUUGGCAUGGACAUCCCUAAUGAACCUUACAUGGCGUGGCCAGGUGAAGAAGGUCUGGAUAUCAGCUAUGAGGGUAAGGAGUAUGAAGCCUUUGAGGGCUUAUCAGAGCAGAUCGCUGACUUAUCAAACUACUGCUAUGUUGAUUCCCAGACAUGGCACAAUUACAUAGAGCAUCAAAUAGAGCAAUGA